AUGAUUAGGAGCCUAAUGUGCUGCACAAAGCUUCCAAAAUUUCUUUGGGGAGAGGCUUUAAAAACCGCAAAUUAUUUGCUAAACCGAAUUCCUACCAAAAGUGCAGACAAAAUUCCUUAUGAAACAUGGUGCAAUAGAAAGCCUAGUCUCUCACAUCUUAAAAUCUGGGGAAGUAAGGCCGAAGCAAAGUUCUAUAAUCCAUCAGAAAGGAAACUAGAUUCCAAGACAUUGAGCUGUUUUUUCAUUGGAUAUCCGGAUAGAACAAAGGGGUACAGGUUCUAUUGUCCCAAUAACAGCACAAGAUUCAUGGAAACUCAAAGAGCUAUUUUUAUUGAAGAUGAAAUUGAAUCAGACACUGAGGAAAACUUUGAUUUUGAUGAAAUUUUGGAAAACAAAGAACCUGCUGAAAAGGAAAAUAUGCUGAGAGAUACAACCAUCUUACCAUUCACUGAUUUGAAUAACAAGCAAGUCUCACCAAAUCAUGAUCUAACAACUGAAGUUCCACAAAAUCCACCAGAAAAUAUGCAGAUAGAUCAACAAGAACAGCAACCUCACAACUCAGAACUGAGAAGGUCACAAAGAACUAAAAGACCUGCUCUAUCAAAUGAUUAUUAUGUCUACCUGCAAGAGUCAGAACAUGACAUCAAUACCACAGAAGAUCCUCUGUCUUAUAAGUAG